AUCGAGUUUUCUGACGGUCUUCUGGGUCGUGUUAAUAUAAUCCUUCUUCUCCUGAAUGCUGGACUCAAAGACUGAAGACACACCAGACGGAGCAGAAUAUACAACAAAUAAGAAAUUCCUCUAAGCUCCUCUUUUUCUCUGGGGGAGGGACUUUUAACUUAUCCUUGUCUGAUUGGACGUGACGGCAGUUCCAGAUUCAAUGGGCGGGGCUUGAUUUCAUUGUGGCCUGGGCGCAUCUGUAUGGCGGCUGCUGUCGGGACGCGCUUCAGCUGAUGGACACGCAACAAAACUAAAAAACGUCUCAACAUUGUCCACAGCUUCACACGUGUGCAUCUGUCAGCGUUACCAUGUUUGAAAGGUGCGAAUAGCCUUUUCUUGUCUCUUAAGUUUUAUCACAUCACAAAUCUUGUGAGAACGGUGGCCGUGCAGUUGAGAAUGGAGCAGGUGGAGCAGAUCAGACCGGAGAGCCCUCAAUUACAGUCUGAAGUCGACGAAGGAAACACUGGAACCAGCACAAGAAGAAAGAGGAGAAAGCGUGAACCUCGACCAGAGUCCAUCAUCGUGUACCGCUGUGAUGCAGGUGGAGACGAGCGUGAUGGAGACGCGGAGGGUGCUGAGAGAUCCACUGAAGAAGGAGCUACCUUUCUCAACAACCCCACCCAUGAAGGCUGGAAUCUACCUCCAGAUAGUCGCUAUGUGACGCUGACAGGGACCAUCACACGGGGAAAGAAGAAAGGUCAGAUGGUGGAUAUUCACAUGACACUGACGGAGAAGGAGCUGCAGGAGAUGGCGAGGUCGAAGGAGCGUCUGGAUGCCGAAUGUGAGGACCGACAGGGAUCGAGACGCCCGUGCGCUUUGGGAAUUUCUCAAGGUCCGCACAUCGUCCUGUGGAGUCUGUCUUGUGCUCCGGUGGUCUUCGUUCUGUCCUUCAUCACCUCUUUCUACUACGGAACUCUCACUUGGUACAACGUUUUCUUGGUGUACAAUGAGGAGAGGACGUUCUGUCACAAGAUCACCAUCUGCCCCUUCCUCAUCGUCUUUUACCCCGUGCUCAUCGUGCCGGUGGCGCUGUCGUUGGGUCUGUACUCGGCCGCGGUGCAGGUGUCCUGGGCGUUCAGCGAGUGGUGGAUCUCGGUCCGGGAUCUGGAGAAGGGCUUCUGCGGGUGGGCUUGUGGGAAGCUCGGCUUGGAGGACUGCUCUCCCUACAGCGUCGUAGAGCUGCUGGAGUCAGACACCAUCUCUGGGAGCUUGCAGGGGAAACAUCUGCAGACGUCCUCUGUGUGACUUCAAACGGAUUUUCUCAGGUCUGCUAGUUGGACCUGUUUUGGGGCUUUUUGCCAUUUGUUUGAUGAGAUGAGAAGAUGGAUGAGAAGAUAGGAAAGUGACGAAGAGCCAGGACUGAUGUAAUGUCUUUUUUUUGUACUUUUGCAGUCUUCUAAGAUAUCCCAGUGUGGCCCAAUUGUAAGUCAGUGUUAUGUCUCUGCUCUGCGAUGAAGAAAAUCUCACAAUGUAUUCAGUGGAUUUCACUAAAACCUAUCCAAGGUCAUUGUUUAUCGUGUUAUUUUGUUAUGCUUAUUUCUUUUUCAUCUAAAGUUUUUGAAACAAGGUUUCCUUCACGGGACGUUUCUUAUUUUGCAUUUAACCUUUUGAAAUAUUUAAAUAUUUAUUCUUGACUCUUUUAUUGUAUUUAUUUGAACAGUUAUCUCGUGGAGGCCUUGUCCUGAAGGUAAAGAGCAUAUCGAAUUUAAGCUUUUUACAACCUUCUGCACAAUAAAGCCAUAAAUACUGCAAAUAAAUAAUCUAACCCUGUGUGUGAUUGUGAGAAAUCUGUAUGUUCUUGCUUACUUUUAUUUACUAAAUACUGACAACUUGUGUGUGUGCUUGUGGAUGAAGGCAAACCAUUUUAAAAUGAAUUUCCAUGACUUCCAGAUCGUGUCGUGGAAGCCAAAAGAUCAUUUGAAAUCGAUGCAUUUAAAUGCCUCGUUGGGAAUUCACACGUAUAUUUCGUUUUACAGAUUUUUUGUCUUUUAUUGUCACCAUGCAGUGAUGUUCGUAAGAAACAAUAAAAUUGUUA